ACUGUCAUCAGUCCGUAUGACCUAUCAAAGAAUUUCUAAGGUCGGUUGCGUUGCGAAAAUUUUGAUCGCGGGUGUCCAAUAAAUUAAUCGGCGUUUAAAGUAAAAACCCAAAUAAUCGCCUUCGUUUUUUGUUUUUUAUCAAAACAAAAAAUAAACAAAUAGUUUAAUUAAAUCCCAACACACAGACUUCACGAAAUAGUAAAUCGACGAAAAUGCUACGAACCAUUGCCAUUCGCAACGAAUCGAUUCUACGGGGAACUCUGUCCAAUGCUGUCCGAAGCAGAACCAGAGUGGCCCUUCGUCUCCUCAGUACUCAGGCCACACGCAAACAACAAAUCUUCAGACUAUCAGAUUACCAACUGAAGAAGCCACAACAAACUUCAGUAUGGAGUACGAAUUUUAUUCGCGCCUACAGCAACCUGCCCGAUCACAUUAAGGUAACCUUGCCGGCACUUUCCCCAACCAUGGAACAAGGUACCAUCGUGAGCUGGGAAAAGAAGGAAGGUGACAAGUUGAACGAAGGUGACCUGUUGGCUGAAAUUGAAACAGACAAGGCUACAAUGGGUUUCGAAACACCAGAAGAAGGUUAUUUGGCUAAGAUUUUGGUGCAAGCUGGUGAAAAGGAUGUCGCUAUUGGUAAACUAGUGUGCAUCAUUGUCGAAAACGAAGCCGAUGUUGCUGCGUUCAAGGACUUCAAAGACGAUGGAAGUGCUGCUCCAGCACCUAAAAAAGCUGCCGAAGCUCCAGCUCCAGCAGCAGCACCAACACCUGUUGCUGUACCAGUAGCAGCACCCGCCCCAGAUGCAGCAGCACCAACGACAGCUGCUGAACAAAGUGGUAAGCGAGUUUAUGCUAGUCCGAUGGCCAAGAACUUAGCUGAGAAACAAAAGCUAAGAUUGGAAGGAAAGGGUAGUGGCAUAUUUGGUUCAAUAACCUCCGCCGAUCUUGCAGGCAAGAGUGCUGCAGGUGCUCCAGCAGCAGGGAAAGCUGCAGCUCCAAGCGGACCAGGUGCAUACAUUGAUAUCCCAGUAUCGAAUAUUCGAGGAGUUAUUGCCAAGCGAUUGAAGGAGUCCAAGCAACAGAUUCCCCAUUACUAUCUUACCGUCGAAUGCAAUGUUGAUAAGCUCAUGAAAUUGCGUGAGAAAGUCAAUAAGCAGCUCGAAAAGGAGAAAAUGAGGGUUUCUUUGAAUGAUUUCAUUAUCAAGGCCACUGCUAUUGCAUGUCGCAAAGUUCCAGAAACUAACUCUUAUUGGAUGGACACCGUUAUUAGACAGUUUGACAAUGUUGACGUUUCUGUAGCUGUUUCAACAGAACGUGGCCUUAUUACUCCAAUUGUCUUCGGUGCUGAUAGGAAGGGUGUAGUACUUAUUUCCAGAGAAGUCAAAGCCCUAGCUGCCAAGGCUCGCGAUAACAAAUUAAAACCCCAUGAAUUCCAAGGUGGCACCGUCAGCGUUUCUAACUUGGGAAUGUUUGGUGUCAACAACUUCUGUGCCGUUAUCAAUCCACCACAAUCAUGUAUCCUUGCCGUAGGAACAACAACGAAGAAACUCGUUGUAGACCCCAAAGAGCUUAAAGGAUUCAAGGAAAUAAAUGUUCUCACGGUAACAUUAAGUGCUGACCACAGGACCGUUGACGGAGCUGUUGGUGCCAAAUGGCUACAGCACUUCCGUGAGUUCAUGGAAGAUCCAGCAUCAAUGAUAUUGUAAAUUAAACUACCAUGCUAAAUUUCCCCUAAGGAAUAGAUACAAAAAACAAAACAACAAGUUGUUAAGUUAUUCUGUUGAAUAGUCUAUAAAUCUCCUGUUAUUAAGAAAACACUGGCGAAUUUUCGAUUAUUGAUUAUAUAUUUUAUUUUGUUUAAUUGUAA